AUUUAUAAAAACAAAACAUAGCAGUUUGACUUGCAACGGGUUUUCAUACGUUUCCUGUGUUUCGCGUUUGCCUCUUCUAAAUUCAUUUAAAUAAAAUAUAAGGAGAGCUACUAUCAAAUUGCAUAAUGUUUAUGGUUAAUUGCAACAGAUGCUUUCGGCCAAAAACUGUAGAGAAUCCAAACAGGUUCUUUAUAGCCAAAUGUAGUCACAUCUUUUGCCAAGAAUGCUUGCCAAACAGGCAAUGCCAUGUCUGCAACGCGCUCUACGACGCCAAAGCUAUCGACGCCAAUAUGCCCAAAGCAAUGGCAGAAUAUUUCGAUCGACCGGAGAAAGCAUUUCUUCAAGAAGAGACGAGGAAACUGAAAGGUAUGCUAAGGAUCUAUACACAUCUGGAUGAUAAAUUAGCGCACGAAACGAAGCGAAUUGAGAAAUUGAAAGCUUAUAUAUCAUAUAAAAAGCAAAGUUUCAAAGAGCUGAGUCAAGGCCAUCUGCGUCCGGGCCGGGGCCGUUCAUCAGCGAUUCCAUCAUGCAGAAGAUAUAGAACCCAAAGUGAAAGUAUUAAAUCGCCAACAAUAAGCACCUUAUCUGACGUAACCUUGUCCAGUGGCAAUUGCACAAGAUCUACAGAUUUGAGCAAACACAGUGAUCUAUUUUCUGAUCGUGGUCGACGUGAUUUUACUAUGUAAUCUUCAUAAAAUGAGCGCUUGAAACAUACAUACAUAUGUAUUUACAUAUAUAUGUUU